AUGAGUCGCCCAGAACGGCCUGGCAAACGAUUGAAAUGUUUUGCGUCAGUAGACAUGUUUGAUAUGAGCGAAAUCCUUCAAAAGAUUUUGCUCAGAUAUGCGGCGAAUGACGAGCGUAAGUCGGUUGUUUGUGGCGAAAGGUUGUCAAUGAUCGACAAAAGGGCUCUUUUCGAUCUCAAAGACUGUGUUCUUGGUUACAAGGCAUUGCUUGCUUUGCUACCGAAAGGACGAAAGGAAGCAUCAUCUGACUUGGCUCUGUUCGCGAGGCUUAUGGCUCUCCCCUGUCACCCUGACACCGAUCACGAAGCCGGACAAGUUCCUCUGUGGGCGGUUUGUCUACCCUGCCACGCACGCAGGUGCCUACGCCUACUGCAUCCUCUUGAACCCUGCCUUGAUCUGCCCCAGUGGCUCAAACGUCGUGCUCGUCUUGUAUUUUACCAUUCCUCCGCUCCAAAUAAGGACGUCAGUCUCUGUGAUCUUGAUCCAACAGUUUCGGUUUCUAAGAAAAAGCACAAAGGAUCGAAGUUCUAUUACGUCAUAAAGACCUCUUUGGAACGAGUAAAGUUGUCAAAAUGGGUGGAAACGGUUCCGGUCCCGGAUGCACUGGUCUUUCCAGAGCCUAGCGGUGACCAGAGUUCCCUUGUCAAUGAUAGCACCUCUUCUUGCGCCUCAUCCUCCCUCCGUGUUUCGUCCGAGUCGGAUUCUGACGAGGAGCGGAUUCAAAAGUCAUCAAAAGCGUUAACAACAGAAAAGAUGUCAGAGGUUGAACCAGUGUCCAGCUCAUCACAGACCACUCUUCGAGAUCGUCGAAGUCGCCGGCUUACAGCAAAGUACGCGGCGGCACUGGAGGAGCAGACACGACGUCGUCGGCAGAGGGAUAACGAUAGCGGAACUCUGGGUUCUCCGACUGUGACUCUCUCCAUGGAGGAAGAUGAUGAGGAAAAUCAGAAUCGUCUGUGUGCGAAACUAUCUGGAAUGGACAGAGACUCACAAACUGUCAAGUCGCUCAAGAGGUCGAGACCGGGCAGUUCACCAGAGAACAUUAUCAAAGGAAAACGGAAGCCAAAAGCCAACUUGAGGCUGCAGGGCGACUAUGCAACGCUAGGUCCGCAGGGCAAAUGGGAGAGUGGGGGUAGGGUUUAUUCAGAGUUUGACGAUACUCGAAGCGAUAUUUCCUCUUCUACAAUCUCCGUAAGUGGAUCCAAUCGUCGGCAACGACGACGUUCUCAGUCGACUGCACAGCAGAAUCGAGGGGGUCCACGAGUUAAAGUGGUUGAUCGAAAAACUGCUUUGGGCACUCAGUACAGUAAUCCAAUGUUGGUCAUGAAGCACGCAGCCAAACUGGCGGCGGUUGGAGCCCAAACCCAGGAUGGCACCAGCCCUCUGAUGGCGGCUUCUGCGGCCACUGCCGAGGCCUACUUCUCCGAUGGCAGCUCUGCAGAUGGCAGCAAUCGUUUGAGACCUGAUUGUGGAAAUUGCGCUGCCUGUAGGGGCAUGGUUGCACCUUGUGGACGAUGCCACAAUUGCAGUGAGACAAUAUGCCAUAGAAGAAGACACUUGGUAACUGCAAGAGGUGAAGGACCACGACGGGCCCAGAGGGCCAUGAAACACGCACCCCCACCACCCGGACCAGCACCACAGCCCUCGCUCCUCGAGACUGUUCCUGGCCUGCAGGAACAGCUCAUGAGUGGCUCCUCAUCAAGAAGCAGCGCAGGGCUGACCCAACCCUCUAACGGCCCAGUACCGGUAGACUCCACGUCUUCGGCGAUCCUGCGAGUUGAGCUCGCCGCCUCAGCAUCCACCAGCAACCUCGAGGUUUUUGCUGACGCUCCCGUCCGCUCGCUUCGCGGUGGCGACCUCGGCAUGCAUUUUGCUCCUCACGACUCCCACAAUGAAGAGGCCUUAAGUCACACAAUAGCGCCUGUUGAAGGCGAGGUCAUCGAUGGAGACAUCGCUUAUCGUGGUGGCUUCCCUGUUGUCACGUCUUCGAUGUCGGCUCCACCGAAAGCGAUUUGCUACUUGUGUGGUUCUGCUGGUGUGGAUGUGUGUCCAAACUGCACAAAGUGCGUGCACUGUCUGGUUAGCCCGCGGGACCGAGAGAUAGCCGUAUGCCGUAUGGGCAACGAGGACGCAGACAUGGUGCCGUGGUCGCGUGAUCCAGCCAAGUGCGCGGCCUGUGCGAUUGCCGAGGCGAGGGGUCACAUCUGUCCGCAGUGCAACCGAACUUACCUCGAUGAGACCGUUGAAAUGAUUGAGUGCGACUCUUGCCAUCGCUGGUUACAUAGGGCCUGUGCAAAGCUCAGUUAUGACCAGUAUGAAUUAAUUGCGAGGGCCCCUCCAAAUCAGCUACGUUCCUUCACUAUCUACUGUUCUCCUUGCAAACAAAGUAUCGCCACGCAUUCUGCUAAGGCCCACCAAGUCGAUGACGAUGAGAAGCUUCGUCGUAUUACCAGAGAAUCCCUCACAGAGCGCAUGAAUACUCUCAUUGAGGGUUGCAAGGCCUUCCCUCAUGAGCCAAUCGCAGGUCCAUCCACACACCUUUCUUUUGCAUCACCUCAACCAACUGACCACAAAGGUGUUGAUCACAGCGGCGCAGCCGUAACCUCGUUGCGUGAGUAUAUCGACGAUGAUCACCUUCCUCAAAAGGAGCUGUUUUUCAAGUGGCAACGUCUGCUUCACCACCCUAAUCGCAGAACAAUUCCGAAGUCACUGGACGAAGAUGAUAUGCUUUACUAUUUUGGUUUGAAACCCAACUGGCAGACUCUGAAUGAAGACUACGCUGAUCGCAUGCUUCCACUGCCUCCACGACCAACCGUUGACCUUGACGAGAGCGAUCCAGAGACUUUAAAUAUUCGCGAGAUCAGAGCACUUCCAAUGGAGAUUAUUAUCAGGGAAGAAAAGGUCUUAUUCGACCCUUCCAGUGAACCGAGGAGAUGCCUCCUAUGCACACGAAACACAGACAGUAGUAUUGAGGAUCGUCUAAUUUACAUCGGCUCCGACACAUGGGCCCAUAUCAAUUGUGCUCUCUGGAGCAAGGAGGUUUACGAGGAGGAUUCGGGUCAAUUGACGGGUCUUUCCGCUGCAUUGCGUCGUGGCGGACGCACGCGAUGCCUGGAUUGCGGUAAUUUGGGUGCCACGGUGACAUGCUCAAACACCGAGUCGUGCGGUGUCGUGGUCCACUUCCCUUGUGCCAUGCGUCGACGAAGACCCAUCUCAAGCAGACCUGUUUUUACCGCCGACAGGUCCUUCUUCUGCUCACCCGAGUGUUAUGCCAAAGCAAAAAAGGCGCGCCUCAUUGAGGCCGUUCGUCAUUUGCGUCUAAAGAAGCUCAGGCGUUUCUACAUGAACGAGGAAGUGGGUGCGCGGGAGGAAGAGGCCAUUAGAAAUGAUAGUAGAGAUGUAGUCUCCCUAGUCGCUGCUAAUGAGAUCAGCGAGGAAGAGGUCGAAAACAUCAAGCUUCAAGUUGAUUGUGAUUUAGAGAGUCCGGAAUUAAAAGAAAUGCUUGUUUUUCGGCGCGUCUUCGUACCAUCUGACUGCUUCAUUGCUUCAAUGGGAGGUGACGGUAUCAAUUGUGGCAGUGAAGAGAUGGACAUCAGCGGCGACGAAGACGAUGGUGACGGCGACCUCCGCGAGGAGGACCACCCACACCAGCCGGUUCUCGCUCUUGCCAUCUCACCCAGCACUCUUGACUUUGCCUCUCACAAACUCCCCGCCUCUGCCUUCGUCAUCACUAUCGGAGCCCUGCGCAUCGACCGAUUAGGCCACAUUGGCGAGGCUUCCGACUCCCUCUGUCGUCGGGGGGAUCGUGAGAGACCCGGAUACCUCUGCCCCAUCGGAUAUCGGCAAGGCAUGCCGUCGAAUCGACUGACCCAGAAACAGCCCGUCGGCCUGCAGCAGAGUUUACCGUCAACACCACAAAAGACGCCAACCGCUGCUCCACAGACGAUUUCCUUGCCUCCGGAAGUGGCCUCGGCGCAGUCGCUGUCACCUCUCCAUGUAGCUCCGGUCAAAGUGGUGGAGACGACAUCGCCUGUCUCGGCUAACAGCAGUGGCAGCAAUGGGAGCCUUACCCCAACCAGUGGUUGCAUUGUUCAGAAUAGCCAACCUCUCGUCAUCCCCACAAAAGCGCCUUUCCCCUCUCCGCCGAAGUUCGCCAACAUCGUCUCUUCUCCUCAAAAGGCCUCCACUCCGUGCAUCGUCAGCGCCGUUUCCGUUCCGAAUUUAACUACCCAGUCGCGACCUACUGGUUCUGCUAAUUCCCCAAAACCCAUUGCUGUGUAUUCCAUCUCGUCGGUAGUCAAAGGUGGUGUGGUUACCCAACUCACUCCAGUGCAGUCAUCUUCGUCUCUUCGAAUUAUUGAAAAGAGAACGUCUACUCAAGCCAAUAUAACUCCGCCAAUCGCCGUUGAGAGCAAGCGGCCAGUUGUUGUGCGAUGUGUGCCGGGUGGGCCAAUGCUUGUGGGCUCCAAAACUCCACACUCGUCCGUGAUUGUCCGCCAGCCAGAACGCCCUGCUACUGCCUCAUCUGCUACCCUUUCUGCCGUCUCUAACAAACAGUCCAUCCGCGUAACUAGGCUUGUGGCGCCAUCCUCCACUUCCAUCGUCACAAGAGUCCUACCUUUGACUCCCAGUGAAACUUCUCAAAUCCCUGCAUCCAAGCUAAGCGAUGCACAACUUGCCUCACAGCUAGAUGGCAUUUUUAACAAGUACCACACCUUCAUAUGUUUUGCCGUACUCUUGUGGUUUUUGUCCGUUUUCUUUUUAGGCUAUGUGCGGUUCAUUUCCGACCCACCUUCAAUGAGCCUUUUACAAUCAAAUGAAUCAACAGAUCCGCCUCCGCCCCAACAGGACGUGAUUCGGAUACCCCAGAUUAGCCAAUUGGAUGGAAUUAACGAUAUGGGUGAUUACGACACUUUUUCACGACGUUGUGGUAAUAAUGACGCCUUUAGUGGGAAGGCAAAGAGGAGGUGGAUGGUUGAGCGAGAAAAUCGUCUUGCACUCAACGAAAGCGUGCUCAAAGCCAGACAAGCAGUCAACGAUCGCCUGUACCAAAAAGAGGCGACCCUUUAUAUGUUCCGAAACCUCUGCGCUUUUGAUGUUUCGAAACUCCCGAAUCACUUCCAAUGGUUUGCAUAUAUCUACCAGUACACACCACCGGUCCCAGUUCACGAGGGUGCAGCCCGCUUGAUGCCCUACCCGAAGUUGAGGACCGCGAUGGGUCGGAAUCAGACACGUGACCCGCUUGACUUCCUCUUGUGUGUGGCGAAUCGCGCACCACAGUCCUGUCUGCCUCUUGAGUGGCCUGCAGAGGCAGCGGAGGGGCUUGAGCGCACUACCAUCACUUCCUCCUCCUGCAUUGACGCCGCGCGCCAGGCAGCUUCUAUAGUCGCCACCUCGCUCAACCUCUCGCCACGCUUCCACGCACGCACUGUUGAGGCGGCCGUUGCCGAGGCCACUGCGGACAUCGUGGAGGAAGCGGAAGAUGCCGCCGUUGCUGCUGCUGGUCGGUCUCGCAACCAACUCUCCCUGAGAAAUCUGGUGACAAACCGAGAAGCUCGUUUGAGGCGUGUGGCAGUGUACCCAUCGCGGAUUCAUAAGCGUGGUCUCUUCGCGCUGUGCUCUUUCCGCCCCGAGGAACUGAUCUGCGAAUACACCGGCGAGCUGAUCCGCAACAUCAUUUGCGAACGCCGCGAGGCUGAGUAUCAGGCCAGCGGCGUUGAUUGCUACUUCUUCCGCAUCGAUAACGACUGGGUCAUCGACGCCACUUACGCCGGCAACUACGCUCGAUUCAUCAACCAUUCCUGCCAGCCAAAUUGCGACGCUAAGACCAUAACUAUGGGAGACUCCAGUCACAUUGGCAUCAUUGCCAAACGAAGAAUCCGCGAUUAUUUCAAAAGUGCUCGAGGUGCUUCACAUUGA